AUGGCUGGCGCUAUAGGGCGCGCAAGCGCGGGAACGCGCGCGCGCGUAUACAUUGCGAAGCGCAGGAAUGAUGCUGGCAACUCCAACAAUAUUUACGCUCCUUUCACCUCCCAGAUAGACUGGGACGUUGCUAAGUGGGCAAAGUUAUGCAGUCCUAGUUCAACGGCAUUUACUGACCUUCUUGCAAUUGAUGGGUUCAAGCGUGAACAAAUCAUUGUCGCUGGCGAAGCAUUUGACAUUUUCUACCGAGAUAUUGUCGAAUGCAUCAGAUCUUUAUAUAGUGACCCUGACUUUGCCGAUUUUCUCAUAUUCAAACCGGAGCGUCAUUACACUGAUGAGGAUAAGACGAUACGAUUAUUUCAUGAUAUGCACACUGGUCAGUGGUGGUGGAACACACAGAAAGUGCUCGAUCAACAACGUCCGGGUGCCACAAUCAUCCCUGUCAUCAUAUCGAGCGACAAAACCCAGGUUACCAUGUUCCGCAACAAAACUGCAUAUCCCGUCUACCUUACAAUUGGUAACAUUCCAAAGGAAAUCCGACGAAAGCCAUCCCGUCGCGCUCACAUUCUCCUAGCGUAUUUGCCUACUACCCGCCUUGAGCAUAUCGCAAAUAAAGCCUCAAGGCAUCGAGCUGUUGCAAACCUCUACCAUGCCUGUAUGAGUCGCGUACUGGCUCCCCUAAAGACUGCUGGAGUUGAUGGGCUUGUGAUGAGUAGUGGCGAUGGUGCACGAUGUCGUUGUCACCCAUUGUUCGCAUGCUUCGUUGGUGACUAUCCUGAGCAGUUACUUGCUGCUGGAGUGAAGUCGAUGGAGUGCCCGAAGUGCGAUGUUCCCACAGACGAACUCGAAAGUAAUACAGCGCAAUGCGAUAUACGCGAUCUUCAUGCUGUGUUGGAUGCUCUCGCUCUGAUCGAUGAAGGUGACCUGGCCUUUGUACAAGCAUGUCGUGCUGCUGGAAUCAAACCAGUUGUCCAUCCAUUCUGGGAGGACCUGCCCUAUACAAACAUUUUUCAGGCAAUCACGCCUGACGUGCUGCACCAACUAUAUCAGGGUCUCGUCAAGCAUUUGCUUGGAUGGUUAGCACAAGCGUGUGGAGCUGCAGAGAUCGAUGCACAAUGCCAUCGUCUCAGUCGCCUCAGUGGUACUGAACACAGCCAAAUAUGUCGCUUCCUCCUUGGCAUCAUUAUUGACAUCCGGCUUCCCGGAAAUCUUGCUUCAUCUCGCCUUCUAAAGGCUGUACGCGGUCUCCUCGACUUCCUCUACCUUGCGCAAUAUCCAUGUCAUAGCUCUGAAACAUUACUUUUACUAGAUGAAGCUCGCGCACUCUUUUACGACAACAAGGAGAUAUUCGUUGACCUUGGAAUCCGAAACAACUUCAACCUUCCAAAACUCCAUGCAAUACGUCAUUAUACGUCUAUGAUUCGGAUGUUUGGGACAACGGAUAACUACAACACCGAGUACACUGAAAGGCUGCAUAUAGAUCUCGCCAAGGAUGCCUAUCAUCGCGCUCCUUAUCAACCGCGUCCACCCGACCUACGCCUCGACCGCACCCUAAAAAUGACAAAGCAUCCAAGCGCCAAAGCUGUCUCAGUUCCAACAUUGAUAUCUGACUAUGGCGCAACUUACUUCCAAGAAGCACUUGCUCGGUACAUUGCAGAACAACAGAAUCCAAAUGAGGUUUUCACUCGUCAGCGGCUGGAGAACGUCGCUGCAGGUAUCCAUUUACCAUUCCACUCCGUCCCUGUAUAUCACAAGAUAAAGUGCAUACACACUAAACCCCAACACGCUGCUCUCCAAACGGAUGAUGUAGUACCAGCACGUUUCGAUACUGCACUUAUCAACGAUGGUACUGGCAGCUCUGUUGGCAUCAAAGGCUUCCGCAUAGGCCAAGUUCGUGUCAUUUUCUCAAUUCCUGCAACGGCAACACAACUAUUGUUCCCUCCAGCAAACCAGCCUCCCAAGCACCUUGCGUAUGUCGAAUGGUUUACUCCCUUUCCUGCGACACCAGAUCCCAGGCACAGCAUGUACAAAGUUAGCCGAUUCAUUCGGUCUGGCGAGAGGGUGGCAAGUAUCAUUCCUGUUUCAAAUAUUGCCCGCAGUGUCCAUCUUAUCCCAAAGUUCGGAGCUAUUGUACCUCGACACUGGACAAGUAACAAUGUUCUCGAAGAAUGUGACACCUUCUUUGUUAACUGCUAUAUUGAUAGACAUAGUUUCGUAACUCUCAGAUAA